CGAUUAGGGUUUUGGAGCGGAGACCCUCUACUGCUUAACGACGGCAGCUCACGCGCAGUACUUGAUAGGUUUUCGAGGCUCUCGCUUUCUUCCCCAAAUUCAGCAGAGGAUUAGUGAUAGUCAGGUGGCGGAGCAGUUAGCUGAGGAGACGCAGCAAUGGCUCGGAUCAAGGUUCAUGAGCUGAGGAACAAGUCGAAGGCGGAGCUGCUGAACCAGCUGAAGGAUCUGAAGGCGGAGCUCGCUCUCCUCCGCGUUGCCAAGGUCACCGGCGGCGCUCCUAACAAGCUCUCCAAAAUCAAGGUGGUGAGACUGUCGAUAGCUCAAGUGUUGACGGUCAUAUCACAGAAGCAGAAGGCGGCUCUGAGGGAAGCCUACAAGAACAAGAAAUUCUUGCCCCUCGACCUCCGCCCCAAGAAGACCCGCGCCAUUCGUAGACGCCUCACCAAGCACCAGGCAUCGUUGAAGACCGAAAAGGAGAAGAAGAAGGAGAUGUAUUUCCCCCUGAGGAAGUAUGCAAUCAAGGUUUAAGAACAAGAAGAAACCUCUCUCUCUCUCUGUCUUUUUUCCAUUUUCUUUCCCCCCCUUUCAUUUAGAGAGCUGCCUUGUAUUUUAAUCGAAGGAUCCUGUGAUGGGAUGGCAUCUACUUGCACAUUAAAUUUUUGAAUAUGAUGAGUUUUGCUUGAACAAUAUCAACUCUGAAAAUGUGUUGCCCCUUGACAAUCCACAUUAUUUACCAUC